GGUCACGUUGAGAUGCUAGUCCUGCCAAAGGAGGAAAUCGUGUGUAAAAGAAUCACACAUUGUUUCAUCUUUAUGUCUUAUUUCUUAAAACAAGCAAAGCAAAGUAGCAAGCAGAAUUCACGCCAAAAAUCCACUACCCAAAAACUUUCCAAGGCAUCAAAAAAUCAAAUGCGUUGUUGUAUAUAUUAAUCUCCAAAUCAAUCUGUCAUAUCUAUUAUAUACCCACCCUCCUUUUCUGCAUUUCUCAAUAGUUGUUCCAACACGUUUCCAAUUCCAUGGCUAACGAAACGCAAUCAUUCUUUCGCUUCCAUUGGCUCCGGCGACCAAAUCCAACUCCACAAUCCCGACCCACCCGACCAACUAAGGAAACCCGAACCCCGGCCCCAAUGACCGCAGCUCUGGCCGGUCAACGACCCGCUUUUAGUCCCAAGGGGAUCGCCCCGACUCAGCCACCUCCUUCCCAACCUUCUAAAACUGAACCUCAAGACCAGCCUGCCUCUCAACCGCCAUCAGAGUCCCGCGUGACUUCUCAGCCUCCAUCACCACCACGUGCGCCCAAAGAAUCACGCGCCACUUCUCAGCCUCCUUCACCGUCACAUGCACCCAAGUUAUCACGCGCCACUUCUCAACCCUCAUCUCCAUCCCGUCCGAAAACCCGAACCCCAUCGUCUCCAUCACGUGCUUCCUCUGGUUCCCCUUCCAAAUCUCCUUCUAAGCCUCAACCAGAUUCCCGAACGGUGUCGUCUCAACCUCAAUCCCCAUCCCGUCUGACAUCUCAAUCUGUACGCAGCACGACUUUGUUGCAAGUCACUUCUCCUUUUCGGUUACAACCAAAGGCUGAAGUGGUAUCUGAGACCCCGGCAUAUAAAGAAGGUUCGAAACCUCAAUCCUCUGAGACUCAACGAGAAGAAAAGGUGGCGGAGUCUCAGCCACCAUUACAACAACCUCAAAUGAAGAUGGAAGUCGCACCCGACAAGACCCAGGUGGCAAAGGAUGAAAGUCCCAAGAAAACCACUUCUCAAGCUGAUAAUGGUGGUGAAAAAGUCACUGCUCAAGCUUCUGACUCUGUAGCAACACCUUCGCCAUCUCAACAAGAAGAUAAAGCUGCAGUAUCUCAACCAGCAUUGACCCAGGUCCCAAAGACUGAAAGUCCCAAGAAAACCACUUCUCAAGCUGAUAAUGAUGGUGAAAAAGGCACUGCACAAGCCUCUCAACAAGAAGACAAAGCUGCAGUGUCUCAACCAGCAUUGCAGGAAUCUCAACCAAAGAUUGAGAACACGCCUGAGCAGACUUCCAUUAGUCCCCUGAAAACCACUUCCCAAGAUGAAGAUGAUAGAAAGGCAACAAAGGCGCCUGCGAUAUCUCCCAAAGAAGUUGUAGAAUCAACUGGAGAUCAGAAGACUCUUUCAAAGCUGGAGGGAGAAUCGAAGCCAGAAAGAGAAGAAGAGGAGGAGAAAACUGUGGAAGUAUUACCCAAGGAAGAAAAGACAAAAAGCCCAGCUUUUGGACGACCAGUUCAGAAACCCGUCCCUCAACAUAUUCCUACGGUAACAACAGGUCGCCGAAAACACACCAGAGACCCGGCGAUUGUUGCAUUUCGAGAAGAGAAAAGGCCGCAGAAGCAAGAAACUUCGGACGAGAAGAACAAAGUAGCCACUACCACCACCACCACCAGUUAUACUGGGAGACAAAUCAAAACUGUCAGUUCAUCAGGUAAUACAUCAAAUACGUCAUUUCAUAAGCCCUUUUCGUCUGCUGCCGAUGAACCAGCUCCGAGGCAGAAGGAGAUCAAGGAAGAUAUUUCUAAGCUUGUUCAUAAGCUGACGACUGAGCACCACUUGGUUGAGAGCCCAGUUAGUGUCAUCACCCUAACAGGCGAAAACAGAGGAGCUUCCAUGAACGUGAGCUCAGAACCAGCUAAGAAGGAGGAAUCAAUCCAUAUUCAUCGGGGUUACAAAUUAAACCCGGAUGACAGCGCUGAAUCUACCACUGAUGGAGAGGUUAAUAACACCCAAGGAAGAAGGUUUAAAGACCAUCUGAGUAAAGAAGCCCCGCCAGUAAAGGCUUAUGCUAACAGCAACGUACAGAGUAUCAAUAACUCUAUUGUCUUCAACGCUUCUGUUAAUGGAAGGAAUCCUGGUAUUCAUCUUGAAUUUUCUCAAGACGAUGCAGAACCCACCGGGAUAAAUGGAAGAUCACAGUCCCACCAAGCAAGCAGGGCUGAAAUCUCCAUAACCCCUUCUGAGAAGCUCACUCAUGAGCACACUGUCAAACGUCGAUGUCUCAGAGGACUCCUUCUGGAAUCAAGUGACUCAGAACCAGAUAAUCCCAAAAAGCCUCGACACCAUGGUUGCCGUUAUGGUUGCUUCGAAAACAAGAAGGAUAAAGAGUUUGGGGCUUAAUCAUGUAAAUAUCAUACAUCAUAAAAUAUGCCAACCCAGGAAAUGGCAUGCGUUACAUAACCAUAAUGUCUAUACAAACAAAUGAUGUUUUAAGGAAUAGAGUAAUUAUUACAUUAAUACAUAAUAAUGUGUUGUAGGCUAACAACAUCCAAGCGAAACAUCCAUUGUGUCAUGCUUUGAUUGUAAUUUAGUGUUUGCUUCUUUCUGUUAAGGAAAAGAUACCACAUACUGUAUCAAUUGAAUUA